AUGCCAUUGAAACCGUAUCUGAGACCUCCCUACCACCACUCCUCCUCGGAAGUCCACCUCCCACCGGUGCCAUUCGGGGACCCAGCACACCUUCACUCCCCGACGAUAGUCCCGCAGGACCCUCCUCCACCUCCUCCCCAUUCAGCUUACCACUAUACAUUGCCACACCAGAUCUGCUGCAUCCCUGGACCCCCCGAUCACAACGUCAACACCAGCGGCCUCGGGAGGCCUCUAGGGGACUUGAACCCGGGUCCUCCACAUGAGAGACCGGGAACUAUCCUGAAGCACCAGCACUUCAUCCACCUGGUCCACGGCCCCAACACCAUCCCUGGUCCAACCAGCAGGCCCAGUAACAGCAAGCCCAGGUUAACAGGGCCCUCAACAACCACUGGACUUAGGAGACCUCCCUCAACCAGGAAUACCAACCAGGCUACAGGCCAAGACACCCGAACCUCCCCCUGCUGGACCACUGCCUUAACACCGCCCCAGCUCCAACCAGGGUACUCGGGAACAAGCCCCCAGCCCAACACACUGGACCAAGGAGACCUCCUACUACGUUACCAGGGUUGGAAGGUUCCCUCUCCACCAUCCCGGAACUAUCCGAUGAAGAGGAGUUCCCACCACUACCAGCCAGACGUAAGUCACCCCCUACAUUACAACCCCAUUCUACCCAACAGCACCGGACACCACUUCUCCCCACCCCCACUCAACGACAGACAGGACCAAACACUCGACCACAACAACCUCAGCGACUCAGACACGACCAACCACUACAGAGGGACAGACAGAAGACCAUCCCCUCGCCCCAUACCCGGUCCCCUCCACAACCCACACUACCCUACCGACCCAUCCCCAAACCACGACAUCAACCACCGACUGGCCCACAGACGGACCCGACUCACAAUAAGAGCCCUCUGCAUCCACAGAGGGCUUCUUUACAACGGACCCUUAGAUUAA